AGGCCCGCCCAUUCUCGCACUUCUUUUCUUUGCUAACGCGUGUGGUGUUGUACAAUGCCUGAGCCGGCAAAAUCCGCUCCCGCGCCCAAGAAGGGCUCGAAAAAGGCUGUCACCAAAGCCCAGAAGAAGGAUGGCAAGAAGCGCAAGCGCAGCCGCAAGGAGAGUUACUCCAUCUACGUGUACAAGGUGCUCAAGCAGGUGCACCCCGACACUGGCAUCUCGUCCAAGGCCAUGGGCAUCAUGAACUCGUUCGUCAAUGACAUCUUUGAGCGCAUCGCCGGCGAGGCCUCCCGCCUGGCGCAUUACAACAAGCGCUCGACCAUCACGUCUCGGGAGAUCCAGACGGCUGUGCGCCUGCUGCUGCCCGGCGAGCUGGCCAAGCACGCCGUGUCCGAGGGCACCAAGGCCGUCACCAAGUACACCAGCUCCAAGUGAGUCCCUGCCGGGACACGGCGCUCGCACGGGUCGCCGGCCGCUUGACUCCAAAGGCUCUUUUCAGAGCCACCCA